AAAAAAUGAACUCCUUCAUUUCCCUCUCUUAUUGUGAAAGUUCAUUGGUGAAACCGUUUUCAGUUGGGUCGGGUCGAUACCAAGUCCCGAGGCAAGAUCCAAACCUUCGUCCUUCACUGUUCCCGACAAAUCAAUGGAAGGCACGUUUUCCCGGAGCUGCAUCCCGAGGUGGAUGGAGAGCGAAAAUGGUAGGGCCAGUGAGACCUCGCUUUGUCUUCUUUGGUUCUUCUAUAGUGGAGUUCAGCUUUGACGAUGGUGGAUGGGGGGCUGGUCUUGCCAAUUUAUACGCUCGCAGGGCAGAUAUGGUUUUACGAGGCUAUGGUGGUUGGAAUUCAAGACAGGCUCUAAGAGUUGUGAAAGAAAUCUUUCCAGUGGACAAUCCCAUCAAACCUGCUUUGGCCAUAGUCUACUUUGGUGGUAAUGAUGCAAUGAUUCCUUUUCCCGGUAGCCCUCACGUGCCAUAUUGUGAAUUCCUCGACAACAUGACCCAGAUCGCCCUCCAUAUCAAGGGCAUCUCAGAGACCACUCGUUGCCUCUUCCUCUCAGUUCCGCCCGUAAACAGUGAACAACUUCACGAAAUAAGUCCGGGAUUGGAGAAACUUCGACCAAUGGAGAACUGUGAGAAGUAUUCAGAAGGCACUAUUAAUAUUUGCAAGCAAUUGGGCAUUAAAUACAUUGAUUUGUUUAAUGCAAUUCAGCGGAGACCAGAUUGGAAAAAUUUCUUCACGGAUGGAGUUCAUUUUAACCCAAAAGGAAGCGAGGCAGUUGAAGAGGAAAUUUUGAAGGUGUUGAAAGAGGCAGAGUGGGUACCAAGCUUGCACUGGCAAUCGAUGCCAAAGGAAUACGAAGACAUCCAUCCCAUUCGCUUUAAUAGCGCAAAAGUGCUUCUGGAUUAAUUUGAAGUGUUUAUGGAUAACUUUGUUGAACUUUUUUUUAAUUUCAAUAAAGGGGUGGGUGGGAGAGGGACCCAAACUCAUCAAAUAUUGUGUUUGCUUUUGUACUCCGUUGAAUUGUGCUUAAUAAUGUUUGUCUGUA